AGUAUAUUGCUAGUUUGCAAGACUUUUGCAAAGCUCACGUAAACAUUGUAACAAGUUAACGUAAGCUGUAAAUUCAUAUAUUGGAUUUGUCCGCUUUAGAUGCUCUAAUGGAUAAAAGUGACAUUACUUCGAUGUCUGUUCUAGGAGCACAGCUGUAGAUUUGUAAACCUCAUGCAUUGUUUAUUUUUUUUAUUUACUUUUUUGCCAAUGUUUGUCUAUUUGUGCAAAAAAUCCCAGGUGGUAAAUCAAAACUCAGAUUCUUGCAGUCACUAGAAUCUAACUUCUUCGCUGAAGUCCAACAAGCUUCAUUCAAAUUGGUCCAGGGCUUAUAUCAUAAAGGCAUUUCCGCGUUUUACAUGUAUUUGAAUAGUCGGCACCGAAUUAGGCCCCAAGCUAAGGCUUCCUUGUUAAUUUCCCUGUAGGACUUGUACGGGCAUGUUUGUAAUGUGCGUAAAUGCUAGAAUGCCAGUAAAAUGAGCUAGGUGGGAGUGGGCAGUUAAUUUUGCCAGGCUUUUUCUGAUCCUGAUGUUACCAUCUUGCUUUGUCUGGAGCUGUCAUAUCUGCAAUCCGCGUGUAUACUUCUUUGGAAGCUGUGUUUAUUUGCUGCAGCAUAUUGGAUGUUCUCUCAAGCAAUGCUCUCUCAGGUGGAGGCAUGUCUUCCACACAUGGAGCUCAUACGUCAAGCAGCACAGUUGCAAAAUAGUUAAAAAAAGAGACGUUGACUUGCAUUCUUCCAUCUGGCAAAAACUAGCUGGAAGUGACGUUGCUCUCGACUUGACUGCCAUUGCACGAUUUUUUUACCACGCACGGUUGCUGCUCGUACCUGCAGCUGUUUGGCGAACAGCUGGCAUUUCUUGCUGUGGAGAGCAGUGGCUCGUUCUGGGAAGGAUACUUCCGCAGCUGCAUUUCUUUUUUUUGUUUUUCUUUAAUGCUAUUAUCUUUGUGCAGUUCGUUAUAAGCCUUUGGAUUAUUAUGUUGUGAUGAUUCAUUCUCUCUCUGAAUUGCAGACGUUUCCCGAGCUUCAUAGAAUGUACGUCAGUUUGCUCACCAAAGGGCUGUGUGAAAGCUACUUCCCUCCGACCUGUGUGGCCAGCCAGCUGCAGAGGCUGCCAGACAGCAGUUCAUCCGGCCACCAUGGCUGCAGGUCAGGGGAGCACCACGCCCCGUGAAGUCAACCCUGCUAGGGAGCACCCCCUGGAAAGGGUGACGCCUGAUGUACUUUCUCUUGGAGGAGGCGUUGCCAAUGAGGGCUUCAGCCGUACCCCGUCAGAGGCCCUGUUUGCCGUCGUGCCGGCGGCAAGCACCCCUGACGGCAGUCUUUACUCGGAGAGUGCCACCCUGCUCAAUGGGCAACUGCCGCGCCUCAUCACCCUCGAGGGCAAGCCCCGGCCUGAGCUCUUGGACGGAGAGGACCCCUCCUGCCUACCGAACAAGGUGGCACUUGGUGGCAGUGAUCGACCGCUGUCCCCUGGCGGAGCUAUCUGCCUGGACAUCGUGGCUGAUGUAGCCGCCGAUGUAGACACCGAGGAAGAGACUGCCAUCACCAAAGAACGACUUCGCGUUGUAGCAAUUCAGGUUUUUGUUCCGUUCCUGACGGCUGGCUUUGGCACGGUAGGCGCCGGUCUGGUGCUGGAUGCGGUACAGCAGUGGCCGGCGUUCAAGCACGUCACUGAGCUGUUCAUUCUGGUGCCAGCACUGCUGGGCCUCAAGGGCAAUCUGGAGAUGACGUUGGCGGCCCGCCUCUCAACGCAGGCCAACCUGGGUAACAUGGACACCGCUGCCGAAUGCGUGGCCAUGGCCGCCGGGAACAUGGCCCUCAUUCAGUGCCAGGCAACAGUGGUGGCGUUCCUAGCAUCCCUGUUUGCCGUCCUGAUGGGAUACCUGACCGAGAGCCACUUUGACUCGGCCCAGGCGGUCAUGCUGUGUGCAAGCAGCAUGGUCACCGCCAGCGUGGCCAGCCUUCUGCUCGGUUCCCUGAUGGUAGGUGUUGUGAUACUGGCUCGGAAGUGGCAUCUGAACCCGGACAACGUGGCCACACCCAUCGCAGCCUCACUCGGUGACCUCACCACCUUGGCACUGCUUGCGGGCGUCAGCAGCCUGCUCUUUCAACAAAUGAAUGUGGUGUGGCUGUCUCCGCUGGUGGUCUCUGUGUUUCUGGCGGGCGUCCCCAUCUGGGUGUAUCUGUCCAAGCAAAACCCUUAUACCCGGGAGGUGCUCUGCACCGGAUGGGUCCCCGUCAUUUGUGCCAUGGGAAUCUCCAGUGUUGGUGGUUGCAUCUUGGACGCUGCUGUCACCACGUAUCAUGGCCUUGCAGUCUUUCAACCUGUGAUAAAUGGGGUUGGGGGCAACCUGGUGGCCAUCCAGUCAUGCAAGCUGACCACCCUGUUGGCCCAACGCUCUAAGCUCGGCAGCCACCCGAGCUCGGACAGCCAGAGCUGCAUCGACCCCUGCUCCGCUUUCUGCGGCAAGAACUCUCAUGCUCGUACGGCACGGCUCCUGAUGUUGAUGGUGCUGCCAGGGCACCUCAUCUUUGUGUACACCAUUCGGCUCCUGACCUCUGGCAACACUGUGAUCACCCCCAUGUUCCUGGCCUGCUACAUGACAGCCGCUCUCGUUCAGGUGGCACUGCUGCUGUACACGGCGCGCUGCAUGGUGUACUGGAUGUGGAGCCGUCGAGUGGACCCAGACAAUGCGGCCAUCCCCUACCUGACGGCCCUGGGCGACCUGCUCGGGAUCGCACUCCUCGCCGCCUCCUUCUGCUUGCUGGACGCACUCGGCGACGCGGCUUCUGCGCACCCGACCACCACCACCACAACCGUCGCACCCAUUACCGUCUCCACACCGUUCACCACCAAGGGAACCAUCGACUAAGGAUGACGACUCGCAGCCUCCAAAAGUAGUGUGGAUCAACAGUGGGGAAAAAAAAAAAAACAGCACAUAAGAACACAUAUCUGCCUAUUCUGGUCCGCCUGCCUGUCACCGAGGCGGGUCCAGAUCCGUUGGAACAACUUCGCGCACAUCUGACGCCUCGGCUGACGUGGCGGUACAGUGCAAGCGUGGAAUGUUUCGCACCUCAAAACCGGCCGUGCGGCUUCCUGCAACCUUAGUUGCCGGCAUAGCGUGUGUGCUCCCGGUUUCCCGUGUGCCUUGUGCACCUCGGUCUUUCUGAAGCCUCUUCGUUGAGCGGAACGAGACGGUUUCUCAGAAGAAGGCUGUCGUCUCGAUGCUGGCAUAGGCGUUUCACAUUGUUUGCUUCCACUUAGAGCGUAGGAACUCUCCCACUCCUGUGGUUGUCACUGGUGGGACAGAUUUUUGUUGCCGGGAGCACUCAAAGCCAGUCUGGAGUCCAGGUCCGUGCUAAGACUGAUACCGAGGACAGCUGCGCUCUCCCGAGGUCUUUUCGUUGUGGAGCCUCCGUUGCAGUUCUUCAUCACUCUAGGAUGAUUCCAUCAGGCUAGCCAAAGGCAGGCAGAUGGUUUCGGGGAAUUCCAACUGCAAACAUAUGAAAAAUGUUCAGAGGUGCAAAAUCUCGACCCCGGUGGGGAUAGCUUAGUGUCGGGUUUUAAAUGCUCCAUGGUCAAAAAUCAUUUGUUGUUCUCCAGGAACACAGGCACUGGUUCUACACAUCUUUGAUAAGGGAAGAUGCUACUCGAAAAAAAAAAAAAAAGAAAGAAAAGUUAUUAUUUGUACUAGAGAUUUGAAAAUGCUGUCCUUCAUAAAGUUUUUUAUGUAGAUUUCAAAUAUGUCAUCAGUUCUUGUGUAGCUGCUAUAUCUUUUAGUUAUGCCAUACACAACUGCAAAAUAUAGUGACCAUUGGAGGCACUUCCUGGUGUAUUAAAUUUUCACGAAAAACAUCAUGCUGUAGCUUAUUUAGCUCUUUGUAGACUGCAAAGUGCUGAUAUCUAUUCAAACUGCAGGUAUAAUUAGUGGAACUAUGUAAAAAAGAGAUUAGUAAGCUUCAUCAAAUUUUUUUUAGCAAUUUCGCGAGAAUGACUUUGUGCACUUAUAAUUGUCCUGUACUAACGAAAUCUGGCACGCAUACCCUUCAAGAUGUGUAGAAUGCUGAUAUCUACCUACAUGAAAUUGCAAUAUCUCUCGGCAGUAGCUGCGAAAUUGCAAGGUUACAUUUCAUGGGAUUGUGAAAAAAAUUAAUAAAGGUGUCCUAAUUUCUUUUUUUUUUUGCGUGGUUCCAGUAAUUGUACAUGCUGUUUGGAUAACUAUGGACACUUUGCAGCCUACAACGAGCUAAAUAAGCUACAGCACAAUGCUUUUUGUGAAAAUUUUAUACACAGGAGAGUGUUUCCAAGCAUCGCUAUAGUUUGCAGUUGUGUAGGGCAUAACGAAAAAAAAUAUAGCAGUCACACAAAAGCUAAUGACAUAUUUUAAAUCUACCUAAUUAAGCCAUGAAUGGCAGUAUUUUGAGAUCUCUAGUACAAGUAAUUCUUUAUUUUUUUGACAUGCGGGACAAGAACUUGACUCAUGCUUUUUGGUUUCUUAGUAACGAGUGCUGGAUAUGUAACCUGGAAGCUUAAAUGAAAACAGACAGAAAUUUUGAGUGGUCAUGAGAGCGUGGCAAACAAUGUAAAUUUGUGUGCUGUGCUUGAAAAGGCCAAAGCGGGAGCAGUUACUCAAGCUUUAGCUCGUUAUGUUUGUUUUAUGUCCUUACUGCCACGCGGCACGCUCUGCGUUCCAGCUUGCUGCCAUGUUUUCAAGUUAAAUUUUAGUUUUGUUUUGCGAACCUUUGCGGGAGGUUUUCCAAGCACGCAGCGCUUUCAUGUUAUGUGACACAGACGUUGUGUCUGGAGUCCAGCUGUAUCUGCAGCAAUUUCUGAAGUGUGCCGGUCUUGCCUAUUCCGCACCUGGCCCGGGGAGAUGAUCGUAAUCUCUUGUAUCGAACCAUAAUAAGCAUGGCCACUCGUGACACAAACUUGUAGGCAGUUUGGGAGUGUGAUGCCAGGAGGUUCAGGAGUAUGUGUGAAAUCUUGAAAUUGCGCAAAGUUUUGGGUAAGAGGACAGAUGGAAAGCAUAGAUGUGCAAGCAUUAGCAUGGUGCGUCAAAUUAAGAAAUACUACCGCUGCGGUCGACACCGUUCGGAUGGGAGUUAAGGCAGGACGCACGGUGGGCCUCAUUUUUAGCGUCUGGCUGCGCCCUGCAUUUAGAACCGAUAGGCAGCAGUUGCGUUAGAAGAGUGCUGGUGACUCCUGAGUUUGGUGCUUUAAUUUUUUUGCUGAACAUUGCUCAUAUGUUAAAUGGCUCACUGGAGCACAGGCACCUCUACCUCCUUCCAUUUAUUUCUCCUUUAAUGUCAUCGAGUAGCUUGGUUGGCAUUUUGCUUUAGCGUGCUAUCUUUAGAGUAUCUAUUACUAACUGGCGCCUUUUAAUGGAGAAAGCAGUGCAGUUCUCUCAGAUUUCAUUUAUCAGGGUGGCCUACAUAGGAGAUGGGAAGCGUCUGUCCGGUCUUAGAAGCCGGCUGAUUGUUACUGUCUUGUCAGACCUUUUUCAGAAAUGGAGGAAAUCAGUCAUGUGCCCGUGCAAGUAUGGUAGCUAUUCUGCUCGGUUUUCAUGUAACCUGGUCUCCCAAAGCCUAAUUGGAGUGGCGGGCUGAUCGGCGAGUCAUCGGUGCCCAGCCUAAACCUUCGGUGUCACCAUCCAUGUUCUCAUGACAGUGAGUUGCACUCUCAAACCUGCAUGCAAGACUACGGUGCAGGCUUCUGCAGACCCCCUUCUACCCCCCCCCAGAACAAAUGGUGUAUGUACAUGGAUCACUUGAAGUUUGAUGCACAAAUAUUUUGAGGCAUUGUAGAGGUUUUUCGGCAAGCGAGUGCCAGACUGCUUUCGCGCUGACCAAAGCGUCGUCUCAGGUGGCCGGUCGAAUCUUCUGCCCUAAUCUGGGGCUGCUUUGGCUCUGGUGCUCUGGCGUGGCAGAGGACGAGUGACCAGAAAUUAUGUCGGUACGAGGCUUGCUCAUAGUAAAAGACAAAGCUGCAGUUAAUCUCUAGGAUUGCUUGUAAGACGAGGUGAGGUAGGUGAUACCGGUGAUGGAGCUAGCAACCACCCAUAUUCAGGCUGUUUAGCUUCACCUCGUGGAUGCAUUAAAGAAGCAGUAGCUUCGGCACCUUUUAUCCGGAAGAGAAAAAAAGAAGUGUGUGCUGCUCGACCGUAAGCUGAUGGCGAGGUACACAAGAUUUAUCCUGCCAAGUGUGCUCCUCAUGUACAAAACUUAGCCUUUAGGAAACUGGUGUGUCUAGCCCAUGGGAGAGUUCUUUGUGUUUGUGUUGAAACUAGGGCUGUUGCUGUGUUCUUUUGUUCUGUGUACUGAUGGUGUGCGCUCGUUGGUACGAAAAGUGAUAGAUUAUUUCUUCCUUGAGCACUUGUUUCUGAAAGUCCUUGGUCUUCUCAAGAAUAGGCUCUCUGAGAACAUAGUGGGACUUUUCUCGUCCCAUGCUUUUAAGAGGUGUCAGGCUGUCUUUCUUUUUUUCUUUUCUGCAAUUUUCUUGCAGCAGUUAUAGCAGUAUCAUUACUCAGUUUUUGUGAAUAAGCUUCUCAGCUGCAUGGACAUUGUUAAGAACAAAUAUAGUAAUGCAAAGAAACCAGUAACUAAGAGCUCGAGCAGCAAGGCUGCUGUGUUAUACUUGCCUGUGCAGUGUUGUAAUUAAGGUAGAAUUUAAAGCGUAAUUUCUUGUAUUUUUUUAGUUUUCACACUUGCGCUUGUGCUUUUCAAAAGCAGUCGAUUUAUCGAUCAUGUGCUGUAUGCAGUAAUGUGGUGGCUAUCCUAUUUUAUUUGUGGCUUUCUUCAAAGCUUAUUUUUACAUACAGAUAAAAUGUGGUUGAUGCUAGAGGAUUAAUCAUACGCUCUGUAGGCACAGUUUAUUAGUCUGUGGAUCUUGCAUCUAGGUUAAAUACAGUAAAAAAAGUGUGUUGUUGUUUGUAACCAGUUAUUCAGUGCACAUUGUACUUCCGUACGACAACCAUGCACGAACUGCAGUCAUGUCUCAGGGUCAUUGAUGUGCUCGUACAAACAGCUGCCCAGUGAAUCUGAGAGGUGCACUUGAACGCACGGUCUGCGCUUCUUGGAAUAAGAUAUCUUUGAGGAAAUUUAGAUCAUGCUUGAGGACCUAUCUGGUUCUUCAGUGAGGAGUGACGCUUGAAAAAAAACUUGAAAGCAGCUCCAAUUCUGGAUACCACACGUUGGAACACUUAAGCUUCUCAAGCUUUGUUUUUGUCGCACAGCAGUUGUCGUCACCGUCCUUGUGGUUAUGUCCUUUCUCUGGCAUGGCAUAUAAUCUGAGCUUUGCUGAUCGCAAUUCGUAGGCAUCGUGAUGAAAUUACCACCUGUGGAAUUGGAUGAUGAUUGUUCUUGCCAGGUGAAAGUCCGCCAUAAGUGCUGUGGAAUCUUUGAGCGCGGGUUCAAAAAAAGAUGCAUUUGUUGGGCCGCCACUGCCAACUAUAGUUUCUCUCCAGUACAUAACUGUGCACAUCUAACAUUUGCUGUAAUUGUGGUCAAACGCUUUUGGUCAGUCUUGUCCGGCAGAAGACACAUCUUGCGUUGAACUCUUUCUAUUGCAUUUAGGGUGCCUUGUCUAUUUUCUAAGAAAUGGGUAGGCCAUAUUGCACUCUCCUACCGUUUCUAUUUGUAGUGUGUUCCUGUUGAGCUGGAGCAAUGCUGUGAUGUUGUACUAGGUUGAGAAAAAAGGAAACUGAGCUUUAUGAAACAAAACAUCAUUAAAUAAGGCUUUAACCUCUUUUUCUGCUUGUCUAAAGGAAAUUGUUAGACAUUGCAGUUUUAGGCUAAAUGAUUCCGCAUGUUAUGUUUCGAGGUGGUCACACUACAACUCCACUCUUGUGCAAAGGUACGGCCAACUUCCCACAUUAAGGCAUUGAACAUAAUGACCCUCAAACAACAGUGGCUCAACAAAUCCGAUCGGUGGAAUGUGUGGUGUUGUCAGUGUGAGUCGCACAUCACCGGUGAACAUCCAAUAGGGACAUAAGUGAUUGAGCACCACAUAAGACUGCUGAUGUCAUGGAUGGAAGGGUAAUGGAAUUUUGCAGACAGUGCCAUGCUUUUUGGGAUGGAGCAAAAGGUCAGAAACAUCAGCGUUUGUGGCUCGCAAAAAGAGGACCACACACUACACUGAACUGGUGUGUGAUAGCAACCUUGCAGUAUGGUUCAGAGCUAUUUUGUGGAGCAGAAGUGCUAGAGAAUACCACAAAAGAAUGCGUAAUGGGGGUUCGGAACAGUCAAUACAUGAAACUGAAGUCUUUCAAUGGUGGAUGCCGUGCAUCCGCGUCCCGUUGUUGAGUGCCUCGUUGCUCAUAGUGAAGUGUGACACAGCGGCUGCUGCGACAUCAGCACGCCAUCUGUCAGUGUGGUGUGAGAGAGGUCGACAAUCUGAGCAUCAGCAGCUGCCGCAUCUCUGGGGGCAAGCUCUGCAUAGGUGGUUCACCAAGUUGCUGUGUUGUGCUUGUUGAGCAUUCUGCAUUGCGAGUGAGUCCAGUAUCUCGAUGUGUGGGUGUUUUAGCCGUGUUGAUAGAAAGCCAGGCAAUCCUAAUAAGUUCUUCAGUGGUGCCAUUCAAGUCAGGCAUGUUGCUGCCAGUUUGAGCGGUGUAGACGGACAAGAGCUUUAUGUUUGGUCAAUCACUAGAACAUUCUGGUCACCGCUAUGCAGCCAUCUGCUUGCAAAGUCUGAGUUUGCAUUCGCUGUCUGCUUUAGUUGUGCUGUAGCAGGAGUGAGUGUGUGAAACGCUUCCUGUGCUUGUGCAUGUCUUUCCAUUAUGGAUGUCGGCAGCUUUGUUUAUUUCCCCCAACGCUGCUGGCCGAUCCUCUUAAGAUGGGGUUGGUACACAUUGGCAUGCCUCAUUAAAUUUUCAUGCAGGCAUUAUGCAAUGCAUUCAUUAAAGUGAAUGUUCACAGGCACUCUGGGCAAGUUGUAAUGUAGUGAUGGUAUCGAUUUUCAGAUUUAAGAGAAGUGGAUGCACAAGACACUUUUAGCAGAACCCAGGAAUUGCUUUGUGUGUGGAUUGUUGCAGCAGGUGAAUGUUGCAGGGCAGAUGGCCAAGUUCCGUACUGUGUGAAUCUGUGCUUUUGUGCUGUGGCUCUGUUAAUAAGUACGGAAAGGGUUUUCAACAGUCACUGGCUAAACGCCUCCAGUAGAUUGCGAUGCAACUUCGAUAAUCAUAUUUUGGAGCUAUCCUGUCGAAGGUGGUGAAGGAGUAACAUAUCCCAAGACCUGCUCGUCUCACUGUGGCAGCGAUUUGUCGUUAGUUUCAGAAAUCUCGUUCCCACAUGCCCAGCGCUGUCCUCGACAGUGCCACACUCUCUGUUCCGUGCAGUUUCACAGGACUUGAUCUGACGAUGCAAUGAACAGAUUUCAUGCUAGUGUUGCUUGAUCAGAGUAGGGUUUGUCAGAGGUAAAGCCAGAUUCACUCAGUGGACCUAACAAGCAUAAGGAUUGGUCACACAACCUCAAGCACACAAACAGUUUGCCUGGUGAAAGCAUUUAUACGAUGAAGAAAAGCAGAUAUUGGAACAGGCAAGACUUACUGUCACGCCGCGAGCUAAUUUCUAAGUUCUUCUGCAAAGGAUCUUAAGGUGCGAUUUUACUGAAAUUUUACCGUGGAUCUGUUGGCUCAUAUAAGGUGAACGCAGUCAAGAAAGAUGUGUGAUGAAAUGCUCUGCUGUCCAUAUUGCAAUUUGGUCCAUUGUGUGAGCACAUCUUGAGGUAGUGCUCUUGAUAACUGUACUGUUGGCUUAACCUGCUCUUUUAAAGGUGACAUUUUCUCUGAAUCUGUGUUUUAGUUCCAUGCAAGGAAGCUACAGCAUAUGGCAAGGAUACGGAUACACGGGGUGUGUGCAGCACCACUGGGAACGAUUGUUGAUGCAAGCAUUAUUAUUCGGUGCAUUCCCUCUCGAAUAACUUCUUGCCUUUGACGUCUUGCUUCAGCUGCUGUGGGGAUAGGUCGCUCAGAUUCUCGAACGUGCAGUGUCGGCUAUCGUGCUAAAUGUUGUUACAUCUCAUUUCUCUUGGCCGGUGAAUUGUCGUGUUUAUUAGGCUUUGUUUGCGCAGAGUACUUAUUUUGUAUUUCCUUUUGGAAUAUUGUUAUUUUAAAUGUAGCCUGGAAGGAGACAAGUAUUGUUUUGUACUUUGGUAUUACGCUUCUGGGUGUUGGCACUUUUUUAGGCUUUUGAGUGCAGCCAAAAACUUGUUUCAACGUAACACUUAUUCUUUUUAUCUCUUUUGUAAGAAAAAAAACGAUGAUUCAAGAUAAAGUGGGCAAAUGUACUUUUGCACUUCAUGUGCCUGGUUUUGGGACUUGCGUUAUCGCAAAUGUUGUGCAAGUUUUAAUUUUUCAACGGCAUGCAUGAGAUGGUUGCAUAGUAACUUGUCGCACCCUCUGCCUUUGUCUCACUGCCGAGGCCUAAAGCGCAAGAUAUUUGUGGUGACUUUUAUUUUGACUGACUAGAUGAACUUGGGAACCGCAACAGUGCGCGCCGCGUUUUCUUACGUGAUAGCUGUUUUGAUUGCUCGAGCCUGUCUCCCAAAGAAUGCGUGCGCAAUGUCUGGUCUCAAAUCUACCGAUCGCUGAAUGCAGUCGUCUCGUUUUUCGUGCAGUAUGUUAUUUAUUGCCCAGAGCUGCCCCUUGUCAUUUUGUUUUCUCGUAGACAUUGUGUGUGUACCCACUCCUCUAAUGUAUUGUUCAUUUGGGACGUCAGCACCCUCCCCCCCCCCCCCCCCGCCACGCUAUUUUUUUAGGCUUCUGAUUGUGAGUGUUGCACUUGGAGCAUAAACUUUUGCCCUGGUGUUUUUACAAGUGUUUUUUAAUGUUGGUUGCCCUGUGUGCACGUGUCUUAAUGAUUUAUUCUGUCGUUUUACUUAUGCCUACUGCCAAGGCUUGUGUUGGCAAUUGUGCCGCAAGAAUCCCAAAGCUCUUGCAUCUCUCAACUACAACGCACCGUGAAUCGGCAGACUUAAUCUUGUGGCUAGCUUAGUGGCGUAUUUUUUAAAAUUUUGUUUGUUUAGUUGUCACCGUUACAGUGUUGAAUCAGAUUUGAGCGUGUUGCCUCAGCUCAGGUCUUGUUUUGUCUGUUUCCAUUAUAAAUUCUCUGUGCUGGCGGUAGUGAUAGUUGCUUGCUUGCAUGCGAAGCCAUGUUCUACUGCAAGGGUUUUGUAUAAAGACUGUCAGCAUACUUGGCAACUGUGCUUUCUGCCUUUUUUGUUCUGCCUAGUGAGAGUUUGUAAGUUCGUCCCAUUACGGGCAGGGGGGUCGUAAGGAUGCUGUGUGGAAAUAAGUUGCGAAUGCAUUUCUGUGGUGCAUGGCAUCCAGUACGAACAUGCCAGUACGAUGCAGGGAUCUCAAGCACAGGCCGUGCUGAAGUUUCUGCCCUGAGACAGUGGCCCUUUAAGUAAUUUCCUUAACCGAGCCUCUGUCUUAGGAUGCAUUCUAACAUUGCAGUAGAGCUUAUGGAAAGAACUUAGCGACAGCGUUCCUCAUGCUGUGGUUGGCUGCCUGAAAAGUUCAUGUGUCAGUCGUUGCUGAGCAUUAUCUGUUUAAACAGUGACCGAGACAUCUCGUUUUGCAUUUGCAAAAGUUUAUAUGCAUGUUAUGUGCAUAAGUUCAUAUGAAACCAGGAAGAGGCUGGGAAACAGCAGCAGCAGGAGCUUUCUCGUUAAUCUGAAAAGUGUGAGUGAUACACAAAGAACAUGGAAACUAACCUUCGAAAAUUGAAGUGUGGCACACAUACAUUUAUUGUGGCAACAUCACAAUGUAUCGUACACAGUGCGUGUUCUUCCUUUGGAAAAAAUGGAAUGUUAGGUGUCCAAGCAAUCUGGGAGUGAAAUAUGUUGUCCGUGGUGCCUAAAACUUAAAAACUCUGAAAUUACUGCUCCGUGUGUUGGUUCGAUCUGUUGGCUGUCUCGGGAAGUCCAUUAUCAGACUGAAUUCGAAUGGAGCUCGAUAUCUUUUGAUCACCUUUUAAGUGCACCUUCAUCUGCUGCAAUAGAUUAUUUACCUCAGCUAAUUUUGCCCGCUGAGAGUGGCAGUAGGAGCUCACAACAGUGGCGCCCUCUGCUGGCUUUGUAGGAGGCUUGGCAUGUGCAAGCUUUCUGUACAAAGCACAACCACACUGGCACUGCUAAGGAGUUCAUGUGGAAGAUGUCCUGCCCAUACACUGCUGACCCGUUAUUCUGUUACGGGCUUUCCUCAUGAUUUACGGAAACUUCCUAACUUCCUACAAAUUACUUGGAAUUGAAUAGCAUGGGUGCUGCUUUUUAUUUGCUCGCAUUGCCGCACAGAAUAACUCUUAAGAUGAAAUGCCACUUUAGGCUGUUAGUGCAGGUACCCCUGCCUAAUGCAUAGUGUUGCUGCCAAUUGCAAGCAGUGAUGGUAGUCGUGUGGAAAAGUCCACGUGGCAUUGCUUGAGAGCUGUGCAAUACAACUGAGGCAAGAAAUUUUCAACUGACAUCCAUGGUUCAAAAACCUGGUUAUCUAAACCAACUAACUGCUUCUUGCUGGAAAUUGGUUUGGUAUCCCAUUGACAUCUGUCGAAUUCUGUGCUGCAGUAAUAAUUUUCUGUGGCAGCUAGAAAACAUCCAUGUAUUGAUAUUUCAAUGCAGGCAGCGAAAGUUAAGCUUGGAACCCACCAAAUGAGGCGUCUUGGCUCAACGGCUGCACUUAUGGCGUGGACGUCUCUAUUGGAAUCUGCGCAUGUUUUGUAUGGUGCCCAGAAUUCCCUGGAUUGCUGAGCUACCCAGCACAUCUGCUAGCUAUGGCUGUUUCACCAUUGCAGCAGACACCUGCUAUGACCGUCGGGCGCAGUUACACAUUGGCUCGGUCCAUUGAUAGAACUUUGUGUACAGCACAUGCAUGCUUUUCCCUCUGGAGCACCCAGGUUAACUGUCGGAGAGAGGCUUGCGUUCGCAUUAUGCUGUACUCGCGAAUUGAGUAGGAAGGUGGACAUAUCUGAACACUUGGUGCUCUUGCGAGAUACUCUUUGCCUGGAGUUUCGAAGCCAUUCUGCCAUUUGGAUAUGCCAUGGGAACUUACAGCUAUGCUCCUGUUUUGCGCAUGGCAGAGGUAGAAGGGAAGUGUUUCAGCCUUUAAUUUUUCUUGAAAUUUUCUAGUCUGCCAUGUGUAACUUGCAUGUGGAGGUCAAAUUCUAGAAAACCCUUCUCGAUCAGACACCUGGCUCCUGAUCCAGGCCAGAGGCUCACGAAAGCUGAGUAACAUUUGCGUUUUUCAAUCUCUGGAUCUUCAAAGCAGCACCUAACAACAGACAUUCCGGUCAUCCAUACAGUCAGUUCGAAGCUUUUGAAGAAGACUACAUGUAUCGUCGCUUGCAAAAGUAACAGAUCCCCCUGCAGUUUUCGAACCACAAUUGUGCAUCACUUUAUGAAAGAAUUGCCAUUUCAUUCUUGUUUAAGGUGGAGCCACACGAGAACACCCUCAAGUAGAAACAAUGUUUGCUAGCUGUUGUAAAAUUGAGGCAAGAACAUGGGGAAAGGCUUGGGGCAUACAUCUGCAGAUGAGGGUACAGGCUGGUUUUCUGGGUUUCUUUGAAUAUUCGAGAUGGCUGGUGUAACCGAUGUGUUGGGUUCCGCGCCUCCAACUCUUGUUUAUUUUCCCAAUGAAAUUUUCAAGUAUGCCAGCUUCCUAUCUUGUAAUCCCGGUGAUAACCUCUUUUUUCUUGCUCCUCGUUGAACAAUGUAUGUAUGUGUGUGCUUGUACUGUGAUGGCAGCCGCUUUGUUACAUUACAUUGCCUUCACCCGUUUUGCGGCACAGGCAUACGAUGAGGACGUGAGAGAUGGAUGGCCUAGUGUAGGGGAGGGAUAUCAAAAUGCAAGUCUUUCAACUGUACAGCCUGAGUCGGUCAUUUCUGCUUUCCCUUGCCCCCGGUGUACCGGACGUGGUGGUCGUACAACUGUCUACCUGUGCUUAUACCUUGUGUGUCUGUGUGUUGUGUAGUGCGUGUCACACUUAACAGGAACACCUCAUUGACAUUCUGCUGAGACUGCCCUUAUCACAUUUUUGCACUUAUAUACAGAAAGCAUGCUGAUGUGCUUAAUAACUGUAUUCAGCUGCAAUGCUUUUUUUUUUUUUUCAUCUCUAAGAGUAAUUUCAGUCUCGCCAUAAUUUACAGGAGCAAGUUAUUAGCAACUGUGGUGCCAGGCAUAUGUUGAUAGGUGUAAAGGUUCAGAUGCUUGUCAUCGCGAUGCCAGGCACUGUCUCUUGCCGCAGUUACUAAAAGCUGCUUCUGUAAAUUUUACUGGCAAUUUGAUUACGCUUUUAGACCUCAUGAAAAGCAUCCAAAACCAGCUAGGUUGUUACUUUUAGAAUAUGUCUAUCUUUGUAAAAAUUAUAUGCUAUAACCAGACGGAGUGUGGCUUCCGCAUUGCAACAGUUAUUUAGCAGGCAAUAUUGAGAAUGACCCUAGUAUAUGGCAGACGGAUAUAAAAGUUAAAAGCUGGCCUGCUGACCUUUGUAAUAAGUGGGCAGCCUCUCAGAAUCUCGUUUUAAGUGUUCCUCGUAAGUGUGAUACACGAUGCGAGUACACGUCUAGCGUUUCUUCGUUGGUGUCAGCGUUUUUGCUCUAAACGUGGUGUACGGGUGCAUGCAUGACGUCGGCGAAUGCUCUCACUGCACCCGUCGCCACCUUAUUGAAGUCUGCCUUGUGGUGGUUGCGAUUCACGUGACCUUUGAGUCAGUGCAAAGAAGAAGGGGGGAGGGGGAUGACAGUGGCUGAGCAAAAGUUACAAUAAACGCCGCUGAUCGUGCGUAUGCACUUUGUCUUGUUGUGCUCUUUCUCACCCAUUGUGCCGUCUUGCAGUAUAGGCGUCAUUACCACCACCUUUUUGGUUAGGCACUCUUGAAUAUUUUAGCAGAACAAAGAUACUGCCUGCUGUCGACAGCGCAUGCGAAGUUGGGCCAAAGGGUAGAAGUGUGCGCCAUGUCGUUUUUGACUGGCGGUGGUGUGGUGGUCGCUUCUAGGCGGCGGUGGUGAAGCGCUGCCACCAUGGAAACGAAAAAAAAAAACGUUUUACUACAUCCUUCUCUGCUAAACUCAUUGAAAUGCUUGGCUUUUCGUGCUAAGGGCCAAGAGAAUCGAAUGCAGAGGUGUUGAAAGCAAAAUACAAAAUGUUUUGUAAGUAUUUUGUUUUUCAGCCGAUUAUUAAAAAUAAAAUGGGCACAUAUCUGAA